AAAUCUCUCAUCCUUGUAGCGAACUCACCUCAGAGCAAAUCAUAUGCUUUACUUGCUUUGUUUAUUUUUUAUACUGCCAUCUAUUAACUUAAAGGUACUACCAACUUCUCACAAUAUGCGUCUGAACGAGAAUACAAAAAUUCUUGGUAAAAAGGUAAUUUUAAUCCCAUACUGCGCAGCACACGUGCAUAAGUAUCAUGAAUGGAUGAAAUCACAAGAACUACAGGAGCUAACCGCUUCCGAACCCCUAACACUAGAAGAAGAAUACGUGAUGCAGCGCAGUUGGCGAGAAGAUGAAGAUAAGUGUACAUUUCUGAUUUUAUGUCGGGAGACAUAUGAAAGAACUAAUAAUGAAAUAGAUUCUUUGAUUGGUGAUACGAAUCUUUUUUUGAGAUUAUGCGAUGACGGGGAAGAAAACAAUGAGUGUCGCUUAAAAAUGGCCGAAGCUGAGAUAAUGAUAGCAGAGCCUAGUGCGCGCGGCAGAGGUUACGGAUGGGAGGCAAUGCUACUGUUACUGAAAUAUGCUGUGCAAAAUUUGCACAUUAAACAAUACGAAGUGAAAAUUGGCAUAAAAAAUGAAAUUUCUCUACAAAUGUUUAAUAAAAUGCAUUUUAAAGAAGUGUCGCGCUCUGCUGUAUUUGAUGAAGUCACCUUGGUACGAAUAGUCGAUGAGGAAUGGAUAAAGUGGCUGGAUACGCAAGUGACAUUGGAGUGCAAAAAUUAUAAAUAAGCAUAUUUAAAUACUUAUUGUAUUUAAUCUUAAAUAUUUCAUUAAAAAUUGUAUAUGAAACAAUAAAAACCAGUUUGUAGUGCGACUUUUUCGCAUCUAAGAACUUAAAAUCUAAAUGGUAUGAAACACGAGACCAUGCAUCCGGGGCGCAAGCGAAAUAACUAUUUCAAGCGGCCAAUCACCAAGUUCUGAAGAAGUAUUCUCAGAUGAUACCUUCGGUCCUUAGUUCAAAUAGGCAAUUUCCCGUCAAUGUAUAAACUCAACUUAUCUGCACAGGCUCGUAUGCAAACUUUUCUCUGUUUGUAUGUAUGUACAUAAUAAACAGGUGAUUGGAAAUAAAGGUUUCAGAGAAUAAUGACUUGUCGUGCCUAUUUUUCUUAAGAUACCAUAAUUGUUCCUCUUGU